AUGUCUCGUUCAUCAAUUGGACGUUGGUUUAUUCGUUCAUGUCAUUUACAUUGUAGAAGUUUUAUUAAAUGUAUUAUAUGUAUAAUAAUAGUUUAUCUAUUAAAUGCAAUACUUGGUGUUCAAUAUUAUAUAUGGUCAGAAAGAUCAUUUGAGAAUGAAUAUCAUUUAAGCAUGACACAGAUUGAUAUUAGAAAAAUCGAUGAAGAUAAUCCAGAAGAUAUUUUAGGUUUACCAAAAUAUAUUAUUUCAAAUAGAUUUAUAAUUAAUAAUGAAUAUUUAUGUAAUCAUGGAAAUUCAGUAACAAUUAUUCAACCACAUUUAUUGAUCUUAGUUAAAUCAGCAGUUGAGAAUUGGAAAGCAAGACAAGCUAUUCGAAUGACAUGGGCAAAGAAUGAUUUUUUAGAAAAACAUUUUAUUAAAUUAGCGUUUGUUUUAGGUGCAAAUCAACAAUAUUUCAAUGUGGAAAAAGAAUCAAAACAAUAUAAAGAUAUUAUUCAAAUUGAUAAAAUUGAUUUUUAUUAUCAUAACUCAUAUAAAAUGGUAAUGAUGCUUCGUUGGAUAAAUGAAUAUUGUACAUCUAAAUCUUAUCGUUCUCGAUAUAAUGAUCUUCGAAAAUAUGUUUUAUUUGUUGAUGAUGAUUAUUAUGUUGAUUUAAAUUCUUUAUUAAAAUAUAUAAAUAAAAUAGAUGAAGAUUCAAAUAUGACACCAUAUGAAAGACGAACAUUUUUAACUGGUUAUCUAUAUGAAGGUUCUCGUCCACGUCGAUAUUUAAAUGAUCGUUGGUAUAUAUCAAUAAAUGAUUAUCCAUAUGAUCAUUAUCCACCUUAUGUAACAGCUGGAUGUUUUUUAAUGACAAGAUCAAAUGCACGAUUAUUUAAUAUAGCAUCAAAAUAUACACCUUUAUUUCGUUUUGAUGAUAUUUAUAUCGGACUUUUAGCUUAUUCAAUGUCAAUUAAAUUAAUUCGAAAUAAUAAUUUAUUUUCAUCAUAUGGUUCAUCAACAAUUUUAUUUUAUAAUCAAACAGGAUUUUUUUCAAAAUUAAAAAGUUUAUUUAUUAAUCAAAUUAAUUUCAAUUCAACAAAUAAACCUAUUUGUAUUCAUGGAUAUCGUGGAGAAGAAUUAAUUCAAAUUUGGAAUGACAUCUAUCAAACUAAUCUAACACUUGCAAUAAUUAACUGA